AUCAGAGAUGCUUGCAUCUUUUCCAGCAGCCAAACAGCUGCUUAGAAGACUCCGCCCCUUCCUGUGAGACUUUUAAAAGAUGCAUGCUCACCUGUGGAGUUCUCCUCUCUCUUUCACGCACACGCACACACACACACACACACAACUAUGUCACACCUUCACAGCACCCUCACUCAAACUCGUCUGGAGAAGACAUGGGUUCCAUGGAUGCAGAACAGGCUGAGUAAACGUCGAGGAUCGUCGGUUCCCCAGUUCACCAACUCCCCCACUAUGAUCGUGAUGGUGGGGCUGCCGGCCCGGGGUAAAACAUACAUCUCCAAAAAGCUCACCAGAUACCUCAACUGGAUCGGGGUCACCACCAAAGUCUUCAACGUCGGUCAGUACCGCAGAGACGCCACACAGUCCUACAACAACUUUGAGUUCUUCAAACCCGACAACACGGAGGCCAUGAAGAUACGCAAGGCGUGUGCCAUGGCAGCGCUAAAGGACGUGUGUGACUAUUUCACCAGAGAGCAGGGCCAAGUGGUGGUUUUCGAUGCCACCAACACCACACCGGAGCGCAGGGAGCUCAUCCUCAAUUUUGCAAAGGAGAACGGCUACAAGGUUUUCUUUGUGGAGUCCAUCUGUGACGAUCCUGGGAUCAUUGCUGAGAAUAUUAAACAAGUGAAGCUGAGCAGUCCCGACUACGUCAACUGUGACAAAGAUGAGGCCGUGGCCGACUUCCUGAAGAGGAUCGAAUGCUACAAGCUGACUUACGUGGCGCUGGACGACGACAAGGACAGGAAGUUGUCCUACAUCAAGAUAUUCAACGUGGGCAGCAGGUAUCUGGUGAACCGGGUCCAGGAUCACAUCCAGAGCAGGAUCGUCUACUACCUCAUGAACAUCCACGUCACGCCGCGCUCCAUCUACCUGUGUCGCCAUGGCGAGAGCGAGCUCAACCUGGUUGGUCGCAUCGGAGGAGACUCUGGGCUGUCAGCUCGUGGCGCCAAGUUUGCCAGCGCUUUGGGUGCGUACCUGCGGGAGCAGUGCAUCAGCGACCUGAAGGUGUGGACCAGCCACAUGAAGAGGACCAUCCAGACUGCAGAAGCUCUGGGAGUCCAGUAUGAGCAGUGGAAAGCUCUCAAUGAGAUUGAUGCUGGGGUCUGCGAGGAGAUGACCUAUGAGGAGAUCCAGGAGAAUUAUCCUGAAGAGUUUGCACUGCGAGACCAGGACAAGUACCGCUACCGCUACCCUAAAGGAGAGCGUCCUUGAGAUCAGUACGUGAGGUGGCUUCCAUAUGGUUUAUAGCCUCCUUGAGAGCAGUGCGCCAGGCAGCAUUAUCUUCCACUGAUGCCCUGAUAUCAUCCUGCAGAACCCUAACAUCCUUGCAAAAUGCUGUAUUUUCUUUACGGUUUAUCGCUUCCUGAAGAGCAGAGCGCAAGGCAGCAUUGUCAUUCAACAGUUCCUUAAUAUCGUCCUGCAGAGCCUUGAUAUCUUCCAUAGGGUAUUAAACCUCCUUAAGAGCAGCACUCAAGUCUGCAUUUUCAUCUUGCAACUCCUUGACUUCUUUUCUUAGUUUUUUGAUAUACUUGUUCUGUGCUCUAUUUUCUUUCAUAAUGUUUGUGAUACCAUUACUGGCAUCCAUUGUGACUUCAUAGAGGUUGUUGUAAUCACGUUUAACUUCUAUUUCCAGAGACAAUAUAGCUUUCCUUAUAGCUGUAUAUGAAGCAGAAUGUUUCUCUGCCAUUGGAUUCAGAUUCUCAAUUGCUCACAUUAUUUGUGGUAGAGUGAUCUCUCUACUGUCCAAACAACUGUUUAAGGUUUCUGUUAUCUUAUUAAAAGCAUUUUUCAAAUCUAGGUAUCCUGGAAGUGUUUUUAUGCCCACAUCCUCUGCGAAUUCAGAGCCAGAAUCAUUUUCCUUUGUGUUUGGCAUUGUUGCUAAGCAACCUCUUUGAACUUCAGCAGUUCACUAGUUAGCUAGACUUGCUAGCAGGUAUCGAUACUUGUAUCUGUACCUCUCGACUAUCCAAGUUAAAGUUGGGGGAUUCAGCAAGCAGCACUGAUCUUGUGUUCAUGAAGUGUAGUCAGGCAAGCACCAAAAUAGUUAAAAUUUCCAGUAUCAUCAACAGAGCUCCUGCCAUACACGUCCUUCCCCGUCACUUAACAAUCCUGCUUUCUUGUGAUUAUAAUACUAAUGGCUUGUCUUCGAAACACAAGUGGUUGCCAGCUAAGGUCCAGUGAUCUCCGAGGGCAGGGGUAGGGAACCUAAGGCUCGGGAGGCUUUUGAUGACUGCGUCUGGCUCUCAGACAUUUCUUACCUCCAUAAAAUGUGUUUAUUUUAAUUUGUUUUCCUGACAUUUUAAAGUAAAACAUUACAGAAAUCACAGUGUUAAAAAUAACAUUAAAAAUAUGCAUUCUAAUGCAUUUUAAUCCAUCCGUUUUAUUUUCUCGCGCAAUGCCAGCUGUCCUUCCCAUGUUUUCCGUGUCAGACACCAAAACUUGAUUAUCAUCGGGGUCGUCCCUCCUUUAAUCUUCCUUAAAUAUACACACAUUUGGUUGUAUUCGGUGUUAAAAAAUAUGAUAUGGCUCUCACGGAAAUACAUUUUAAAAUAUGUGGCUUUCAUGGCUCUCUUAGCCAAAAAGGUUCCCGACCCCUGUCUUAGAGCAACAUAGUUGGGCCAAUCCUCCACCAAAAAGUUUAAGUAUCGUACAUCUUGCUGAUGUUGGUGGUAACUGUAGUCCUGCACGGUGGCUUGUAUGUCACUGGAUGUCAUUGGACGUAGUUUUCAACACAGCCUGCAGUUUUUCGCUCUCCACUUGGCAAGUACAUUUGUCAGCCUGUCAGUCGCAGACUUGCUCAUACUCGGGGUGUUCUCUAUUUUAGUUUGCCAAAGAGCUUUGCUAUGGUUCGUUAAAGUGCUGCUACAUUAGCUGUGGCUGCACUUGUGCCUUGGUGGUGUGGUAGGCUAAACUUGAACUGCUUCGGUGGUAAGCAAAACCCUUGCAAAGACAGCAUAUCGUUCUACCUUUAUCAAUGGUGCCGUCGGGGUGUUUUGGAAAUGUACAUUUCACAUGCUCUCACAUGCUCCUCCAUUUUCACUUCUACUUUCCGCUCCUCACCUUGCCCUCCCAACUACUGACCACCCACAGUAACGCAAGUACAAGAAGCCCAACGCAUAAAAACUUAUUUAUUUUUUAUUAUUUUACUUAUUAACUUACUAUUUAUAAAAACGCAACUUGCAUACAGAAAAUGUAAAGCUACAGAUUAAAAGUUUAAUUAAUGCAGUGAAAAAAAAACGCUAACUAUGACUGUAAUUAAUUAAUGGCAAUUAAUGCACUAAUUUUACACCACUAAUUAAUAUGUGAUAAUACAGGUCAAAUGUACGCAUACAUGCAUCACUGUUAAAAAAAAGCCCACAAUUUUUACGAGUUUAUGUCUUUAUGCUUCACCGAGAAUGUUUUUUUCUCUCAAGAAUUGAGAUUUCGCACUUUCUUCGGCGGUCCUUAAAGGCACAGUGUUUGCUGUGUGAGGCAAAAGUGAAACUUGUAUCUAACAAUCCAGCCUCAAAACUUGCAGCAAGGUAAACACAAGCUCAUAUAUGAUUGUAAGUCUUUACUGGAUUUACAACAAGCAAGCGGUGAAGAUUAUGGAGACACGGCUCGGAGAAACGCCUUCUCCGACAGCUAGCUGGUACGCCUCAGCGACCUGCAGCGCAAGGGAGCCUCGUACUCACUUCCAAGUGACACGGAGGUGACCCCAAAACAGACAUACUGCGGUCGUCGCGCGAGGCCGUGACUUUGAUUCACCUGUUCUCUGUUUGAUCAUUAGCAUUGAUUAGAGUAAGUGGCUAUGUGUUUAUCAUUUCAAAUACAUGAAUAAGUGUGUGAGGCAUAUAUAGGACUUAAACCUGGAUUGUGCAUUUAGCAUGUUAGGUUCAGUUGCUAGCGAACAAUGGCAAUUGAAGAGCGAGAGUUCUGGGGCGGAAUCUAAUCCAAUACUUCCAACGGUCACUUUUAUUGCAAAUGGUAAUCUGAAACUGGAGGAGAAUGUCAAUGUCACAGCAGGAGAGUUUGGAGGGGUAGGAGCCGAGCUCUGUGGUUUAUUUUACUUGCAGAUUUUCACCAUUCAUUUCCGGCUCGAAAACGUAACCCCCGUGAAAAGCGGCGCUCUACCUUACAUCUGACGUCCCGUUAAGUACAGUCUGUGCGCACGUGUAUGUGUGU